CCUUUGUUACCUUCCUAGUUCCCGAUUUCGACUCAAAAAUUUCCUGCGAACUACAGCAUUCUGCGAAAGAUUUACUUCAGAGGAGCUUCAUUUGGCGAAUAUUUUUUUUAAACAAUAAUAAAAUUAUGACCUUUUUGUAGAUUUUAUUGCUCAUGAGCCUCGUCCUCUCUUAAUUUGAGCAGGUUCACUGCCAAGGAAAAAUGGAAAGAAAAAGCACUCUCUACAUAGCAAAUCUCUUGCAAUCUUCCAUAGACAAGAAAUCCCAUUUAUCUGGAAAGCUCCUCCAUGCUCAUAUUUGUCGUAUUGGUCUGUCCACAGACACCUUCCUCUUGAACCGCCUCAUCGAGCUUUAUUUCAAAUGCAACAACACGGAUUAUGCUCACAAUUUGUUUGAUAAAAUGCCCCAAAAGAACGUUUAUUCUUGGAACGCGCUCUUAUGUGAGUAUUGUAAAUCAGGAAAGCUUGAAACUGCGCAGAAAUUGUUUGCUGAGAUGCCUGAGAGAAACACCGUGUCAUGGAAUAAUUUGAUUAGUGCAUUAGUGCGUGGCAGGUUAGAGCGAGAGGCAUUGAAUGUUUACAAUAAAAUGAUUCAGGAAAGUUUGGUGCCUACACAUUGCACAUUGGCUAGUGUUUUAAGCGCAUGUGGCACAUUAUUAGAUGUAGGGUGUGGGAGGAGAUGCCAUAAUCUUGCUGUUAAAAUUGGACUGCAAAAGAAUGUGUAUGUGAGUAAUGCUUUGUUGUGCGUGUAUGCUAAGUGCGGGCUUGUCAGAGAUGCAUUUCAACUUUUUGAAGAAAUGGAGGAACGUAAUGAAGUCACUUUUACAGCAAUGAUUGAUGGGUUUGCACAGACAGAUAGGGUUAUGGAAGCAUUGGAAAUGUUUAGGUUGAUGUAUAGGCGAGGUAUUCGUAUUGAUAGUGUCUCAUUGUCCAGUGUUUUGGGUGUUUGCUCCAGAGGAGCAUGUGGAGAAUCUGGUUUUUAUGAUGGCUCUUUGGCUAAUGCAUUUGGGAAACUUUUACAUGGACUUACAAUCAGACUUGGGUUUGAAAGUGAUCUUCAUUUGUGUAAUUCAUUACUUGAUAUGUAUGCAAAGAAUGGUGAUAUGGAUAGAGCUGAGGAGGUUUUUGCUAAUAUGCCUGAAGUUAGUGUCGUCUCUUGGAAUAUCAUGAUAGCUGGCUGUGGCCAGAAAUGCAAUAGUGAGAAAGCUAUAGAAUAUCUGCAAAAAAUGCUGUCUUGUAGGUUUGAACCAGAUGAGGUCACUUAUAUUAAUAUGCUUGCAGCUUGUGUAAAGUCUGGAGAUAUUAAAACUGGACGUCAAAUAUUUGAUUAUAUGGCAUGCCCAAGCACAAGUUCAUGGAAUGCCAUACUAUCUGGCUAUAUACAGGUUGGAAAUCAUAAGGAAGCAAUAAAAUUGUUCAGAGAAAUGCAAUUCCUAUAUGUAAAACCUGAUCGAACUACUUUGGCUAUUAUACUUAGUUCAUGUGCAGGGAUGGAGCUUUUGGAGGCUGGAAAACAGGUCCAUGCUGCCUCACAAAAAGCAGCCUUUCAUAAUGACAUAUAUGUUGCUAGUGGACUUAUCGGUAUGUAUUCUAAGUGUGGGAAAAUGGAUAUGGCAAAAUUUGUGUUUGAGAAGAUGCCCGAAUUGGAUGUUGUCUGUUGGAAUUCUAUCAUUUCAGGUUUUUCCCUUAAUUCUUUAGACAAGGAAGCUCUGGCCUUGUUUCAGCAGAUGCGACAAAAUGGCAUGUCUCCUACCCAUUUCUCUUAUGCUACUAUUUUGAGCUGCUGUGCAAAAUUAUCUUCAUUAUUUCAAGGGAGGCUGGUUCAUGCUCAGAUAGUGAAAGAAGGAUUUAUGAAUGAUGUGUAUGUGGGCAGUGCUCUUAUUGAUAUGUAUUGUAAAUGUGGUGAGGUGGAUGAGGCUCGACAAAUUUUUUAUCUGAUGCCCGAUAAAAAUACUGUUACUUGGAAUGAGAUGAUACAUGGAUAUGCUCAAACUGGGCGUGGAUGUGAGGCUGUUAAUCUAUAUAGAAGCAUGAUUGAAUCAGGUGAGAAACCUGAUGAGAUAACUUUUGUUGCUGUUUUGACUGCUUGCAGCCAUUCAGGGUUAGUUGAUACAGCUGUUGAAAUAUUUGACUCAAUGCAACGAGACCAUGGAUUGGAACCAGUCUUGGAUCAUUAUACUUGCAUCAUUGAUGCUUUGGCUCGGGCUGGUCAAUUUCAUGAAGCAGAAGUGCUUAUGGAUAAAAUUCCAUAUAGAGAUGAUCCAAUUGUGUGGGAGGUAUUGCUUAGUUCUUGUACACUCCAUUCAAAUGUGAGGUUAGCAAAAAAAGCAGCAGAGGAACUCAUCCGCCUGGACCCCAGAAACUCUUCUCCUUAUGUGCUUCUAGCAAAUAUCUACACAUCAUUGGGAAGAUGGGAUGAUGUAAGAGCUGUGAGAGGGCUGAUGAGUGAUAAAGAGGUGGUCAAAGGUCCAGGUUACAGUUGGAUUGAACAUACGAGAGGUAUGGAUUCAAAUAUGGUGGAUGAUAAUCUGAAAUUGGUAUAAUAGGUCAAAUGGAACAUCUUGCUUCAGCAGGUAAUACUAGGUCAAACAUAAGUAUCUUCAGUCUCGUCCAGGACUGGUUUCUUAGUAAAUGCAAUGCAGAGAGAUGUGUAUAACUGCCUACAAAAUCUACUGCAGAAUCCUUCCUCAAUUACCUUGAAAGAAAAUUGAAUUUCAUAGAAACACUGAGGAUCCAGGAGAGAAAACUUACGCGUAACACUUCUUCCUUCUCAACUGGGGUUGCUUCAGAAUUAUGAAGGUGCCAUGAAAUUUGAAGAAGUUUCUUCCUUCAAAAUAAUGAUCACAGUUCCGACACAACUUGAAUUUUGAAGGAAUGUGGACGGUAACAUGGAGAACUAGCUGCGGAAGUUUACAUCCUCUUAUUCACCACCAAGUACAAAGAAUGAACAGAGACCAUUCUUCAUAUUUAAAACUUAUGAUAUUUAUUUACAUGCAGCAUUAUCCAUCACAGACAACGGAAUCCUGCACUGUGAAUCAGUAUUAGUUAGAUACCGAGAUGAUGUCUGGCAUAGCCAUAGCCAGACCAGUAAUGUGGUGCACUAGGCUUAGUAAAGACUAUAUGGUGCAGUUGUUCUUAUAGGGGAGAAAGCAAGAAAGUUACUGCAGAAAUUGGUCUCCAACCUACUUGUCCAUUGCAACAUUAAGAGAGUUCCAAUUCCCCAUCGGAAUUAGCUGAGAGUUUGAAGUGUAGAAGACCAUAUUGUGGAGGGAACGAACUGUCUGGACCGUUAUUUGACAAAUGCUUUCAAUUUCUUUGACACAACUCCAUCUUUAUUGUAGGCUGCCCUUGUUUUCCCCUAGGGAAUGUGAAUGUGGAAAUAUUGUAAUCGAUUCUUAAAAUAAUUUUAAUCAAUUUUGUAUUGGGGCAAUGUCA